AACUAAAGCCAUCAUUAUCACCCACCAUUUCAUUUCCCUUUCUUUUUCCCAAAUGGGUUUUCCAUUAAAGACAUUCUUUACCAAUUGUCAAUUCCAAUCUUAAAAAAUUCCUUUUAAUACGUCAUUACCCAUCAUUAAUGACUGUUUGCUUAACUAAUUCCAUAUUGGUUGGAGAGUGUAGAUGAAAUCAAGCAAUUUUCUUAUUUUUUGUGUUUCAAAGAAUCAGCAUUGACGUGGGUUACAUAAAUAAAUCACUUAGCAGAAGAAAAAAAAGAGUAAAACUUGAGAAGAAAAAGAUGGGUUUACUGAGUCACAAGGUAGAAAGAGAUGAGAUCAAACCAGGAAAUCACAUAUACACUUGGAGGGCUGUCUUUACUUAUUCCCAUCAUGGUAUAUUCGUUGGCGGAAGCAAAGUAGUUCACUUCACUAGGAUUCUGAAUGCAGACGAUGAGGACAAUUCCGAUCUUAUUAAGGGUAUCUCUUCUUCCUGUCUAACUUUUCCUGAUUGCGGAUUCAGGCAACCGAGUAGUGGGGUCGUCCUCUCUUGUCUAGAUUGCUUUCUUGGCAAUGGAUCACUUUACUUAUUCGAAUAUGGAGUCACCCCGUCUGCCUUUCUCGCCAAAUUGAGGGGUGGAACAUGCACCACAGCUGAAUCUGAUCCUUCCGAAACUGUCAUUCACAGAGCUAUGUAUCUUCUUCAAAAUGGGUUCGGGAACUAUGAUGUAUUCAAGAACAACUGCGAGGACUUUGCUUUGUACUGUAAGACCGGUCUAUUGAUAGUUGAUACACCAGGGGUCGGAAGAAGUGGUCAAGCAUCUUCUGUCAUUGGGGCCCCACUGGCUGCUCUUCUUUCGUCGCCUCUCAAACUGCUGAUGCCAAGCCCUGUUGGUGUAGCUACCGUCACUGCUGGGAUGUACUGUAUGAGCCGAUAUGCUACUGAUAUUGGCGUCCGUAGUGAUGUGAUCAAGGUCGCGGUAGAAGACCUGGCUGUCAACCUUGGCUGGAAUGGAUCCGAGGAGGACGAGGUUCCGGAUGAUGGAUCUUCAAGUGCACUGAUUACUCUGUGACAUACGUGACAUUCGAGUUACUCAUUGAGCCAAGUACAUAUCUUUUCAUUCAAGUUCAUAAAUGUCAUAUUGAAUCACUAAAAUGAAUAAAUCAAUCCUUUUUUGUUCGUAUCGUUGAUCGUUGUGUUUUAGUUGAACCGAUGUAAUUGUAAGUGAAUCGUCGAUCUAUAUAUUCAUGGAAAUUGUCAA